UUUCCUUGCAAAUUACGCUUCUCUCUUUCAAGAAACCAGUAUUUAAGGAGUUUCAUAACCUCAGGUCACAAAUUUCUUUCUUAACUACAUCUUUUGAAUCUCCAAGUUACAGAACAUUUCAGUUCACAACCUGUUCUGCGUUCUAUUCAUCUCUGAAUUUCCGUCUAUGUUCUAUGUAGAACCUCUGGAGUUCCUCUUCUCUUGUCUAAACUCGUAUCUAUCUUCGAAUUCUUGUUAGCUCGAUUUCCUCUGUUGUACUCUGAAUUAUACAUAUUUACUAGGAACUAAUACAGAGACUAUAGGUUUAUACUUGGCCUAGCGUUGGGAGAUUCGGUUCUGUUGGGAGGUUUUCAAGGUUUGAUUGCUGAAAACUAAGGGUUUUUCCUUUUAGGAUUUGGUUGAAUGGAAAACUUUUCCAGCCUAAGAGAAGAAGACGAGCAAAUAGAAUUGCCUGCAGGUUUUCGAUUUCACCCAACUGAUGAAGAGCUUAUAACUCACUACCUAUCCCAAAAGGUUCUUAACGCCCACUUCUCAGCCAGAGCAAUUGGCGAAGUUGAUUUGAACAAGUGUGAGCCUUGGGAGUUGCCAUUGAGGGCUAAAAUGGGUGAGAAGGAAUGGUAUUUCUUCUGUGUUAGAGACAGAAAGUACCCAACUGGUUUAAGGACGAACAGGGCUACAGAUUCUGGGUAUUGGAAAGCGACAGGCAAAGACAAGGAGAUAUACAGGAGGAAAGCCCUCGUUGGAAUGAAGAAAACUCUUGUUUUCUACAAGGGGAGGGCUCCUAAAGGGGAAAGAACCGAUUGGGUCAUGCAUGAAUACAGAUUAGAGGGGAAAUAUUCUGUACACAACCUCCCCAAAACAGCCAAGAACGAGUGGGUUAUAUGCAGAGUUUUUAAGAAAAUCUCAGCUGGGAAGAAAACCCACAUUUCAGGGUUGGUGAACCUAGGCUCCUACGCAAAGGGACCGCGUCCUUCACUAUUGCCUCCAUUGAUGGAUUUAUCUCCGUACAACAGCAGAACAAGAACCGAUGUUGGUGAGACGACUCACGUGACCUGCUUCUCCGAUCCAAUGGAGGAGCACGAGACCAAGGAAGACAUGGUGGAUGGCUUCAACAGUACUCCUGGCUUAGCUGCUGCUUCAUCUUCUUCCCCAAAUCCUUCUUAUAAUAUUUCCUAUGCUCCAAAUUCGUCUUACCAUUCGAACACGGGGAAUUUCCAGUUUUCAGAGUCAAUCUUGAUGCACGACCAGUCCAUACUGAGGAUGUUACUUGAAAAUCAUGAUCCGAUGAUGAAGCGGAAUACAAAAGCAGAGUUCUUCUCACCCGAAACAGGCUUUAGUACGGAUAUAUCUUCGGCGGUAACGGACCAGGAAAUGGUCAUGCAAAGGUCUUUUGGAGAUCAAGAGAAUCCAUCAAGUUCUGCAGGACCAGGUUUAUGGAGUUACCAAGUUUGAAGAUGGAAGAAUUAGAAAUAAAAAUAAAAAUAAUAUAUAUUUUGCAGGAAACUAAUGGCUGUCGCCUGUCACAAAUUUGUGGUGUGUACUACUGUGUAUAGAUAGAUUCUCUGCAUCCAAAUUAUAGGCGGUAAAGAAAUGGCAUGUAUUGCAAAAAGAAUUUAAACUCCUUGCUAGUUUCCUAAUUCUGGUUUUAAAGCUCGCGAUCAGCAUUAAACUGAUUGCUUUAAUUAUGAUUCUGAAAUUUGCUUGGACACAAGGUUCAUGAAUUGGCCUCA